AUGGUUCGAUCCCACGAGGAUUUGAACCGCAUUUGGGAUCGAUCCCGCAACGAUUCGAAGCGCAUUUGGGAUCGAUCCCGCGCCGAUUUGACGCGCAUUUCAAUUCGGCGCACGGAUUUCAAAUGCGUUUCAAAUCGCGCCGCCGAUUUCGAAUGCAUUUCAAAUCACCGCGCCGAUUUCAAAGGAAAAUGGGUUAAUGCCGCGAGUAAAUGGUGCAAUUACCAAUUACGCGCGCGCGUUUACCCCCGAAGCUUGACCCAUCUACCCCGGUAG